UGAUCAGAGAAAUGAGGAGAGUGUGGAACUUUAUCUACAAAGUCCAGAUACAGUUAAAACUGAAGACUUGAAAGAAAAAGCCAGAAAUCAAUGCAGAUCUAAGAAAACCGAAAGCAGCAAUAUGAUUGAGAAGAGAGAUGACAGACAGCAUAAUGUACAUUUCCCAGAGUACGGGAUAAUGAAGACAACUAAAUCCAUUCAAUAUGGAAAGCACUUCAAAAACACAUCACAUCUCCUUGAGCACCAAAGAAUACGUACAGGCGAGAAUCUUUUUGAAUGCUCAGAGUGUGGAAAGAGCUUCAGUGAAAGUGGCACUCUUCAAAAGCACCAAGGACCCAACAUAGGGGAAACACCUUUUGAAUGCUCAGAGUGUGGAAAGCGAUUCAGUGAGAGUGGUACUUCUUGGCAGCACCAAAGAACCGAAGCAGUGGAGAAACCAUUUGUAUGCUCAGAGUGUGGAAAGAGAUUCAGUCUAAACCGUACUCUUCGGAGGCACGAAAAAACCCACACAGGGGAUAAACCUUUUCAAUGUUCAGUGUGUGGAAAGAGAUUCAUGUGGAGUAACCAGCUGCUAAGGCAUCAAAGAACCCACACAGGGGAGAAACCCUAUGAAUGCUCAGAGUGUGGGAAGAGAUUCCGUGAGAGAUUCACUCUUCGAUAUCAUCAAAUAAACCACACAGAGGAAAAACCUUUUGAAUGUGAAGAGUGUGGAAAGAGAUUUAAUGGGCAUCACCAUCUGGUAAAGCAUCUAAGAACCCACACAAGGGGAAAACCUUUUGAAUGCUCAGUGUGUGGAAAGAGAUUCAGUCGGCGGGGCCAUCUGCUAAGUCAUCAAAGAACCCACACAGGGGAGAAACCCUUUGAAUGCUCAGAGUGUGGGAAGAGAUUCAGUGAGAGUGCCACUCUUCGAUAUCAUCAAAGAAACCACACAGGGCAAAAACCUUUUGAAUGCUCAGUGUGUGGGAUGAGAUUCAGUCAGAGUAGCCGUCUCCAAAAGCAUCACAGAACCCACACAGGGGAGAAACCUUUUGAAUGCUCAGAGUGUGGAAAGAGAUUCCGUGAGAGUGACACUCUUCAAUAUCAUCAAAGAACACACACAGGGGAGAAACCUUUUGAGUGCUCAGAGUGUGGAAAGAGAUUCAGUGUGAGUAGUACUCUUCGGAGGCACCUAAGAACCCACACAGGGGAGAAACCUUUUGAAUGCUCAGAGUGCGGAAAGAGAUUUAGUGAGAGUAGUACUCUUCGUAAGCACGAAAGAACCCACACAAAGGAGAAACCUUUUGAAUGCUCAGAAUGUGGAAAGAGAUUCAUUCAGAAUGACCAUCUUCAGUAUCAUCAAAGAACCCACACAGGGGAGAAACCGUUUGAAUGCACAGAGUGUGGGAAGAGAUUCAAUGAGAGUGGCAUUCUUCAGCGGCAUCGAAGGACCCACACGGGAGAAACCUUUUAAGUACUCAGAUUGUGGAAAGAGAUUGUCAGUGUAUCCAUCUUCAAAAGCAUCAAAGAACCCACAAAGAAGAGCAAUCUUUUGAAUCCUCAGAGAGUGGAAAGAGAUUCAGUCAGAAUGGCUUCCAGGUUGCGGCGCAGUGUGACGGAUGACACCAGGACUCGCUCCCAGGCACC